GUUUCAAAAACUAUCUGGAGUUUGUCAAGACUCGGGUGUUGCGGCAGCUAGGAGCGCAAAAGUUGUCGAUCUGUUUUUUUUUUCCUCUUUUUCCGCCGCGGAGUUGAAGAGAGACAAACGGCGAAAAGGAAAGAGGACAUUUUUGUGGAUGUAGGCAGAGAAGCGCGGAGCUGUUGGGAGAGAGAAGAGACGACAGGCGCGCAGGACUGAGCGUGGAGACUCGCUUUGGCACCGGGAGAGAGACAAAGUUACACGGGGAAAAAAACUAAACGCCAGGUAACUUUUUUUUAAGACGUCUCCCGAAGCGCGUUCUUCUUGUGUUUUUGGACUAGUUUACCGCUUGUUUUUUUUUAACCCGGACUAAAAAUGUAUAACAUGAUGGAAACCGAGCUGAAGCCCCCGGCGCCCCAGACCAACACGGGGGGCAACAACAACUCUUCCUCGGGGAACAACCAAAAGAACAGCCCGGAGCGAGUGAAGAGGCCCAUGAACGCGUUUAUGGUCUGGUCCCGGGGUCAGCGGCGGAAGAUGGCGCAGGAGAACCCCAAAAUGCACAACUCUGAGAUCAGCAAGAGACUGGGGGCCGAGUGGAAGCUGCUAUCCGAGAGCGAGAAAAGGCCGUUUAUCGACGAGGCCAAGCGGCUCCGCGCGCUCCACAUGAAGGAACACCCGGACUACAAGUACCGGCCCAGGAGAAAAACCAAGACUCUGAUGAAGAAGGACAAGUACACGCUGCCGGGGGGACUGCUGGCGCCCGGGGGGAACGGCAUGGGAGUGGGCUCGGGGGUCGGAGGAGUGGGAGUUGGCAACGUGAACCAGCGCAUGGACAGUUACGCGGCCCACAUGAACGGCUGGACCAACGGCGGCUACGGGAUGAUGCAGGAGCAGUUAAGCUACCACCACAACGCGAGCCAAAUGCAGCCCAUGCACCGCUACGACAUCAACGCGCUCCAGUACAACUCCAUGACGAGUACGCAGAGCUACAUGAACGGCUCCCCGACCUACUCCAUGUCGUACACGCAGCAGCCCACCAUGACGGCGCUGGGGAGCAUGGGCCCCGCGUCCGGAGGCGGGGUGAAGUCCGAGUCCAGUAGCUCCAGCCCGCCCGUAGUCACCUCCUCGUCCCACCGGCCCGCGGCGCAGACCGGCUGCCAGAGCGGGGACCUGCGGGACAUGAUCAGCAUGUACCUCCCGGGCGCGGACGUGAACGAUACCAGCGCCCAGAGCAGGUUACACAUGUCCGGGCACUAUCAGAGCGCGGUACCGGGGACGACGAUCAACGGAACUCUGCCCCUCACACACAUGUAGACUCUAUAGAGAAAUAUGGACCUCUCACGGGACUAUUUUUGUACAGAGAGCGAACUGUUGUAUAAAAAGGGCGAGGAGUCUUGAACCGCCUGGAAGAACAAAAAGUGGGUUUAUUAUUGCAAUCACCUUUUGUACAGUAUUUAUCAAAGACAAAACAUUACAAUCAAAAAUGUUUGCAAGAGGUUUGAAUCUUUCGUUGUUUAUUUUUUUUUGGUUUGUUUUUAUAUUAAAGCAAAGGCCAGUUCAAAUAAAUGCAAACACUGGGACGUAAAGGGACGUAAGGGACCGAGCACUGUUUCAUUUGGGGUUGUUUUUCCUACUAAACUUUUGAAUUAAACUCAUAAUAAUAAUAAUAAAUAAUAAUAAUAAUAAUAGGUUGUUAAUUUAUAUUUCCGUCUCCCACUUUUCAUAUGUUAGACGCUUGUUGGAGUCUCUUUAUUUUCUAAUUGAUUUGUACAAUUUUCUGUAUAUUCUCUGUAAUAUUUUAAUUUCCAAAUCCACACCCCCACGUAGUUGUAUUUGAAAUUUGAUGUUGGCCUGUUACCAACCGCUUCAUGUAAAUAUACC